GCACCGUCAACUACCCCGGCGCUGGGCACCCCAUCAACCACCCCGGCACCUUCAACCACCCCGGCGCCUGGCGCUCCAUCAACCACACCAGUGCCGUCAAGCACCCUGGCACCGAGUGCACCGUGCACCACCCCGGCGCCGUCAACUACCCCGCCGCCAUGGGUUCCGCCAACCACACCGCCAUGGGUUCCGCCAACCACACCGCCAUGGGUUCCGCCAACCACACCGCCAUGCGUUCCGCCAACCACACCGCCAUGGGUUCCGCCAACCACACCGCCAUGCGUUCCGCCAACCACACCGCCAUGCGUGCCGCCAACCACACCUCCAUGCGCUCUGCCAACCACACCGCCAUGCGCUCCACUACCCACACUGCCAUGCACACCGCUGACCAGACCGCCAUGUGCUCCACCAACUACUCCGCCAUGCGCUCCGCCAUGGGCUCCGCCAACCACACCGCAAUUCGCUCUGCUAACCACACUGCCAUGCGCUCUGCAAACCACACCGCCAUGCCUUCCGCCAACCACACCGGCAUGCGCUCCACCAACAACACUGCCAUGCACUCCACCAACCACACCGCCAUGCGCUCUGCCAACCAGACCAUGGACUCCGCCAACCACACCGCCAUGCCUUCCGCCUACCACCCCCCCAACAGCUGCACCAACAACCAUCACACCGGCAACAACCGCCGCUCUUGCAACGCGUUGGCUGACAUUCCGAUCGGCGGGAGAGCAUUUCACCCAGGACUUGUUGAAUCCAGCUUCCGCAGCAUUUGUCAGUCGAGCGCACCUCAUUAAGAAAACCCUUGAAGUUUUCAUCCGAAAACUCUGUUCGUUCCAUUUCUUGACCGUGGUUUCAUUCAGUAACGGCACCAUCAUCAACAACAUGGUUUUAAGUUUCACGGCCAGCUCCGUGCCCAAUAAUACUGUCAUCGGGCAAGUUUUGAUCGACGC